GGGGCCGAGCUGAGGGCUGAGGGGGCGGGCGGCCGGGCGGGUCGGGGCUGCGGGCCGGGGUGCGCGCGGCGGGCAGGGGGCGGAGCCGGAGCCGGAGCCGGAGCCGGAGCGGACGGGCGGCGGCCGCCCUCGGACCUGGGAGCCCGCGCGCUGCCCGCGAUUCGCCCCGGAGGAACCUAGGAAUAUUGUGCAAUGAAUGGUGAUACUCGUGCUGCAGUGGUGACCUCACCACCCCCGACCACAGCCCCUCACAAAGAGAGGUAUUUCGACAGGGUGGAUGAGAACAACCCAGAGUACUUGCGAGAGAGGAACAUGGCGCCAGACCUUCGCCAGGACUUCAACAUGAUGGAGCAGAAAAAGAGGGUGUCCAUGAUUCUGCAGAGUCCCGCUUUCUGUGAAGAAUUGGAAUCAAUGAUACAGGAACAAUUUAAGAAGGGGAAGAAUCCCACAGGCCUACUGGCAUUACAGCAGAUUGCAGAUUUUAUGACCACGAAUGUACCGAAUGUCUACCCGGCAGCUCCACAAGGAGGGAUGGCUGCCUUAAACAUGAGCCUUGGUAUGGUGACUCCCGUGAAUGACCUUAGAGGAUCGGAUUCUAUUGCCUAUGACAAAGGGGAGAAGUUGCUGCGGUGUAAACUGGCAGCACUGUACAGACUGGCAGAUCUGUUUGGAUGGUCUCAGCUCAUCUACAAUCACAUCACAGCCAGAGUGAGCUCCGAGCAGGAACACUUCCUCAUUGUACCUUUUGGACUUCUCUACAGUGAAGUGACUGCCUCCAGUUUGGUUAAAAUCAAUCUGCAGGGCGACGUAGUAGAUCGUGGAAGCACUAACCUGGGCGUGAACCAGGCGGGCUUCAUAUUACAUUCUGCCAUUUACGCGGCACGCCCAGACGUGAAGUGCGUCGUGCAUAUUCACAUCCCGGCAGGGGCCGCGGUCUCUGCCAUGAAGUGCGGCCUCUUGCCCAUCUCCCCGGAGGCGCUGUCCCUCGGCGAGGUGGCUUAUCAUGAUUACCAUGGGAUUCUCAUCGAUGAGGAAGAGAAAGUUUUAAUUCAGAAAAAUUUGGGGCCUAAGAGCAAGGUUCUUAUUCUCCGGAAUCAUGGGCUCGUGUCCGUUGGAGAGACUGUUGAGGAGGCCUUCUAUUACAUCCAUAACCUUGUGGUUGCAUGUGAGAUCCAGGUUCGGACUCUGGCCAGUGCGGGAGGGCCAGACAAUCUGGUCCUGCUGGAUCCUGGGAAGUACAAGGCCAAGUCCCGCUCCCCCGGGUCCCCGGCAGGGGAGGGCAGCGGAUCGCCUCCCAGGUGGCAGAUCGGGGAGCAGGAGUUUGAAGCCCUCAUGCGGAUGCUGGAUAAUCUGGGUUACAGAACUGGCUACCCUUAUCGCUACCCUGCUCUGAGAGAGAAAUCUAAAAAGUACAGCGAUGUGGAGGCCCCUGCCAGCGUCACGGGUCACUCCUUUGCUAGUGACGGUGAUGCGGGCACUUGCUCCCCUCUCAGACACAGUUUUCAGAAGCAGCAGCGAGAGAAGACACGGUGGCUGCACGCCGGCCGGGGCGACGACGCCUCUGCGGAAGGGCAGGACGGAAGCAGCCCCACGUCGAAGACUAAGGUGUGGACGAGCAUUACACACGAUCACGUGAAACCCUUGCUGCAGUCUCUCUCGUCCGGUGUCUGCGUGCCAAGCUGUAUUACCAACUGCUUGUGGACUAAAGAGGAUGGACAUAGAACUUCCACCUCUGCUGUCCCUAACCUGUUUGUUCCAUUGAACACUAACCCAAAAGAGGUCCAGGAGAUGAGGAACAAGAUUCGAGAGCAGAACUUACAGGACAUUAAGACGGCUGGCCCCCAGUCCCAGGUGCUGUGUGGCGUGGUGAUGGACAGGAGCCUCGUCCAGGACGCGCCCCUCUCUGACUGUACGGAAACAAUCGAAGGGCUCGAGCGUACAAAGCAGACCUUUAGUCCUGCUAAGUCUCUCUCUUUUAGAAAGGGCGAGCUGGUGACGGCCUCCAAGGCCAUCAUCGAGAAGGAGUACCAGCCCCACGUCAUCGUGAGCACCACGGGCCCCAACCCAUUCAACACGCUCACCGACCGCGAGCUGGAGGAGUACCGCAGGGAGGUGGAGCGCAAGCAGCGGGGCCCCGAAGAGAAUCUGGACGAGACUAGAGAAGAGAAAGACAAGAGUCCUCCAGAGCCCCCCGCUGCCCCCCACACUCCCCCCAGCACCCCUGUCAAGCUGGAGGAAGACCCGCCGCAGGAGCCGACUUGCGGAGACCACAGUGAGGCCGCCACCUUCACGCUGACUCUCCCCGACCCGUCCCCCGAUGAGCCUUCAGGAGUGCCCGGCUUCCCGACAUCGGAGAAGGAGGAGGAGGAGGAGGGGCCUUGUGAAGCCGGGGGCCCUCCAAGCCCCACCAUGUCCCCCUCGGUGGCCAGCCCCGAGCCAGCCACAGCCCCGGUGGCCGAGGAGGCCGCCUCCCCAGCAGCCGAGGAGGGGGCCGCUGUGGAUCCUGGCAGUGAUGGGUCUCCGGGCAAGUCCCCGUCCAAAAAGAAGAAGAAAUUCCGCACCCCCUCCUUCCUGAAGAAGAGCAAGAAGAGGAGCGACUCCUGAAGGCCCUUCCCACACAAACCGAUGUCACCAGACUGUCCCUGAGUGUGUCUCGUGCCCUGUCUUCUUGCGUAAUGGAAUGCAAAAGGCCAUCCCUCUGUGUAGCUAGUGCUCCCCUCACGGCGUGACCAAAUCCCCACGUAGACCGGUGCUAACCUUGUGUGCGCACAGCGGCCUGGCCCGCAGCCUCGGGUUCCGGGGGAGACCUGGUCUCCGCGUCCACCUCCGAGCCCUGCCCUGCAGGGCCCAGCACCUCGGCCCAUCUCGUGAGCUCCCUGGGGACGUGCUGUCCCCAGGGGCACUAAGUCAAGGUUCUGGCUGGAUGGGGGCAGGUCUGCCAGCGCUGGCCUCAGCCGCUCCUGCACUCCUUCCCUUGUGAAGUCACUGCGCCCCAUCGCCCCAAGGCUCCCCUUCACCCCGAGGUUGCAGGUGACUGGACCAACCCGUGGCCUCCUGCUCAGUGGUUUCAUUUGUUUGGGUACAAAGCCUAGGUCCUGGGAACCCCCCUCCCCAAAGGCCCAGGCCACCGUGGUGGCCUUUGAGAGGGGGGUUCGGGCUGAGCCGGCCACCCCAGCAGCACACAGGCCUGUGCACACCCAGCGCAACCUGUGCAUGGUCUCUUCACUUCCCCUGCGGUCAAAACCAGACGCGGGCUCCGUUUCUUACUCACUGGGGUCUCUUGAUCCCCGUCAUAGGGAGGGUGCGUUGGGAGGGAAGGGGUCCUUUCUAGAUUUCCCCUCAGCAGGUGUGCAGCUUGCCCUGCACGCGGACUGUGGCGCGUGAGGGGCGCGCUCUGCGCGUGUGCCCUCCCCAGGGCCCGCAGCAGGGCUCCGAGCACUGUCAGAGGUUUGGGAACUGAGAGGGGGUCUGCUCUUAGUUCAGCCUAGGGGGUACCCUCGCUUUGACUGAAGGCAGCUCGGGGUAGGGGUCAGCCCCGGGGGUUCCCACCUGACGUCCUGCACAGUCACUGCCAGAGCCCACCUCGCACCCUCCAGCGCUGCGGUGAAUUUCACCUCACAUCCCUGGAAGAUAGCGGGAACUAGCGGGUGGCCAGGUGUCUCCUCGACAGUAACUCGUCCUGGAGCUCCAGUGCCAGCCUGUCCCCCAGACAGGCCCCCAGGAGGGGGGAGGGGCCCUUGGGGCACCCAGUGCCCGAUGUGGGUCGGGUCCCACACACUCGACACCCAGGCAGGACCUGAGGCUGGCUGCAUGGCACUGACCCCUGCUUCGAGCUUACGGCGAGCAGGCCGCUUCUCUGUGUCUUGUUUUGUUGCCCGGGCGGUGGUCGCGUUCUCCACCCCCACCCUGCACUUCAGUUAACCAUGGGCUUUUAUUCCCUCCUCCGACCCCGCGUAUGCAAUGACUUUAGUUUCACUUUUGUAGUUUAUUUUAACUCUUUGUAUCACAACGUGAAGUUUAGUUGCAUAUACAGACACAGGCUUGGGAGGACAGGGCCUGUGGCCUUUCUUCACUGUAACGUUUUACUCACAAAUAAAAUUCUUUAAGCAAUUUACUUGUCUAAA